AUUAGGGUUUCUCCUUUCUCCUUUCUCAGAUCCCUGAAACUGAGUCCGAAUCCCAAGGAAUGAACACUGAAAAUCCGAGGAUUGAUGGCAGAGAGAAUCAAAAUUUAGACGCUUCAGGCACGGAGGAGGGGGAGAGUGAGUCGGAUGAUGCUGGAUCUGACUCCAAUCCUCUUCCAAACGUCGGCUGGGUCAUUGCCGACAGUGAGUAUGAGGAAAGCGAGUUGGAGGAUGAGCCCAUGCAAGGAUUUGGAAGUGAAUUGGAUGAAGACCAGUUCAUUGAGGAGGAGGAGGACAGAAACGAACUGUCUGAUGCUGAAAUGGGCAGCCACUCCGAUGCCAUUGGCACAGGGGUUGGCGAGGUUCUUAUCUCUGCUUGGGAGAAGAGGAACAGCACUGUGAGGAGGAGCAGCGGUGUGAGGCGGAGCAGCGGUGUGAGGCAGAGCAUCGGUGUGAGGCAGAGCAUCGGUGUGAGGCGGAGCAUCGGUGUGAGGCGGAGCAGCGGUGUGAGGCGGAGCAGCGGUGUGAGUAUCAUGCAUGUGAGAUGAAUAGUGGGCAUGAGCUGCAGUUUUUUUUGGGGGUGGAGUUUCUAGUUUUAGAAGGGUUGGAUAUUUAUAGGAUAUGGCCUUGGUGGACUUUAUGUUUGUAUUUGGAGGGAAAUUUUUAGAAAUUUCCCCCUAUUUGUAAAAUGUUUUCAUUUUUGAUUUUGAGACUAGUGCCAAAAGUUUGCCGUAGUUGUAAUAGAUCUGACAAUGAAUAAUUCGAACAAAUCAAUGUGUGGCUG